GAAGGUGAAGGUCGGGGCUGCCACGAACUUCUUUCAGAAGUGACGGAAGAAGCGAACUGAAAAAUAUCUUGGAAAUGGCAUAAUACGACAAUUCCAUGUUCGUGAUGGAUAGGAAUGAGCCAGUACUUGACAUCAGGAAUCGGACGAGUAGAAGUUCCACCCCCAAUGGCGAUCAAGAGGGACAACAGACUGCUACGAAAAUGUCGAAUGAGAAAGACACUGUCGAAAAACAAGCUGUCCACUCGAAAUUACUUGACAAAGACCAAAAAGAAAAUGGACAUGAUAUCAUCAUUGAGUGUUCUGUGUGUCUCCAGCCCUGUAUCCACCCAGUCCAGCUUCCUUGUCAACACAUAUUCUGUUUUCUGUGUGUGAAAGGAGCAGCCCAUCGAAGCAAGCGGUGUGCCUUGUGCAGACAGGAAAUUAUACCUGAGUUCUUUCAGAAACCUAAGCUGAUAAGACAACAAGACUUAGAAAAGACUAUAGCAUUUGACGACAAAUAUCAGUGGUUUUAUGAGGGAAGGAACGGUUGGUGGCAAUAUGAUGACCGAACUAGUCAGGAAUUGGAAAUUAAACACAAGAAUGGUGAUAAACUCUUUGAGUUGUUGAUUGCAGGAUUUUUAUAUGUAAUUGACCUUGAAAAUAUGGUUCAAUUCCGUCGAAAUGAUCGCACAAGAAAAAGAAACAUAAAACGUGAUGAGACUACCAUGGAGGGUGUCAAGGGUGUCGCGGGACUUAAAUAUUCUAACCAGAGUUCGACAGAAAGACCUGGAGCUGAGGGUGUAGAGCAGCCAAGGGCCAGCUCAGGCAUCCUAAAUGUUGGCACUCCAACUGAUAUUGGGCAAGAUGAUGCAAUAUUGUCUCCUCCAGCACCCAACAAUACCCCCCAGACACCACAAACCCCGGCUGACAGUCCUCCUGAUAGCACAUCAGGCUCACAGCAAGACCUAUCUCGACACUUUGAACAUCUCUCAUUGGACGAACUGGAUCAGCCACAGACUUUCGUACAGCAGACAGAUACUGGCCCUGACCAGUCACAUCAGAGAUCACAGAUGAUGUCAUCUAGUGGUCAGUCGGUGAGCAUGAUACAUUUAGGUCAGCACCCAGUGAGUGGACAAAGGUUUCCAUCCAUAUCUGGUCCAAUAGAGUAUGAACUUGGAGAAAGCUUGUAUUCAUCAUCAGAUUCUAGUGAUAAUGACUAAAGGGUUUAUUGUUCAAUAUACGAAAUCAUGAUCAGUCACCACAAGACAUAGGUUUAGUUUUGACACAAACUAUGCUUCGGGUUGGAAGUAAGAACUACGCAUAGCAAAAGCAUUACUGAUUGACAGCACUUUUAUCCUUGGGCUAAAGUUAAUCUCAUUCAAGUAACUGGAAAAUUUAUUAAAAUAAUAAAUCAAACAUUCAAAAAACUUCUAAAAUAAGUGCUCUCUUAUCAAGAAAAAUAGAAGAAAGUUUUAAGCUUUUGGCUCUGGACUACCACUGCAUCAGAGAAAAGCUAGUCCAGUCAUCCAUUUUGGUACUAAUUCUGAUGUUUACUUCCAUUAAUGAUGGUUAAUUUUCACCAAUAUAGGAUAUUGUUUUUGUAUUUAGAAUACUCUGUUCAUCCCGAUGAUUUUUGCAUUGGUCUAACAACUUGAAUGAAUGGUCCUUAACAGUAAUGAUAUCCAGUGUGUAAUAACAUGGAAUGUUCCAGUGUGUUGGGUUUCGUGAGGAGAAAUGUCAUUUGCUACCAAGUUCUGUGCUAUGUUGAACCAUCAUUGUAAUAGAAAUAUGUACAACAGUGCUUUUACAAAAUGUAGCUUUGAGAUACCUACAUUAGAAAUCAUUGCUGCUGGAUUGUAAGUCAAUACAUGCUCCCUUUCAGUAAUUGUGCUAUAUAGUACAUUUGAAAAUUUGAGCCCCCUCAUAUUUUUCACCAUGACAAAAUUUACAUAUAUAUAUAUGGUUAAUUACUAGUACCGUACUUUGUAUUGGCAGAAGGAUUGAAAAUAUGUCUGUGAUUUACGUUUAUACCGGCUGAUCAUUCUACCCCAGGACAUUUUGCACAUGUACCAGCAGGCUGUUGGGAAAUAUAUACCUAUAUAGUGCUCCUGCAAACUGUCAUGAUAAAAGAUCUCAUUUUUGUUAUAUUAUGUAUAUAAAAAUCUGUUGCUGUACAUAUCUCACUGUUAAUAUAAACUUAUUAAAACAUAUUGUAUUUUUAUAACUCAACACAUGUUGCAUUACUUAAGGAUGUAUGCUAUAAAUUAUUCCUGUGAUUUCAAUAUUUGAGACUAGGUUAUCUCCCUUAAAUUUAAAUUCAGCAUUGGCUCCGAUCCAUAGUCACUCAUAUUCAUAUGACCCUGGCUUGUGAGAGGGCUCUAAACCCUAAAUUUAAAAGAAAAAAGGUAUAAUGAUAACAUUUUACGGUUUCAAUAUUUUUGUGUGUAAUUUUUUAGGAUAGGCAAUGCAUACACAAAAUGUCAUUAUAAAAUAGCAUAUUUCCUUAAGUUUGACUUGUGGUAUAUGUUGUACUAGUCUGUACCACCUCUCUGUCAAGAAGCUAAGUCGGUCAUCCUCCAAUGAUGAGAUUUUUUAAAGCACCGAAAUUACAAUUAUGUUUUUUUGAGUAUAAAACAAUUAUUUCUGCAACAUUGAUAGUAAGAAUCUUGAUACACUGUACCAGAAAUGGAGGAAGUACUGUAAAUGGAAAACAGAAAAAAGUGAACAACUGGUUCAAGUAAAAAAAAUGGAUAUUAUUUGAUGCAGUACUGAGUAUAACAGUGUUGAAUAUACAAGAUUUUGUUUGAUUUUUAUGCAUUUAUUCAUCCUAUUUAAAAGAAUCUUCUUUUCUGAAAUUGCUGGAUUUGAAACAGUGCAUGUUCUAUUUGCCUUAUUUGUUCAGGUAACUUUGCUUAAAGAACCUUGUACCAGAAAUGCAUUUGUUUGUAGGGCUGUCAUUUUUAAUGGAUCAAUGUACAUGUAUCAUCAAUUUGAGUAAUAUGCUUCAUUAGAUGAAAUUUAUCGAUAGAUAUUUUCAAAUCUUGAUACAAUAGUGAAUACAUUCAGAAAUAAUAUAACCUUGCAUCACAACUGCAAAAUCUUUAUUCACCACAAAAGCAAUAUUCAUGAUCACUGAUAAGUGAAACUUGAGAAAAUCUUCUUGUAUAAAAGACAGAAUAAUAAUCAAAUCAAUCAGAUUAAAAAUUAUCACAAAAAAUUGUUCAAGCUUUUAUCAGGUGCUAGAUAUGUUACAAUGUAUUGCAAGUUUAGGUUAAACUUGGUAAUUCACUUCAUGAAAUUAUUUAUUGCCAUUCAUGCAUAAUCUGUUAGUGAAGAUCAGGGCUGGGAACAGAGGUGGAGACAGAGUGCAGGAAGCUACUGUAGCAGCCAAGGAAUAGGAGGGAAAAUCACUGACAUACUGCAGUAUAAUAUCCUGUAUUAAUUAGAAUGGCUUACCUUGUAAAUACAUGAAAGAACUGCUGGUUUUAUUUAAGAUGAUAACUUUGAACAUGGUAUUUUUUAUGGACAAAUGUAAAAUACAGCAUCAAAGGCAAAGAUAAAGACAUAUUUAUCUGACUUAGUGGUUUAAAAUUGUAAGUUAAAUUCAAGAAUUUCAUAUUUUAUAGCCAUAAAUCCAUGGAUUGUAGAACAAAAGUGGAACUAUCUCAUUUGUGUGUAUAUGUGGCUUUCAUUCCCAGUCACUGAAUUGUAAAAAAAUGUAAGCUACAGAUUAUUUUUACUUCAGGUAUCCGCCUGUGAACAAAACUGAACACUAGGACUAAUUGUACAGGUGUUAAUAUACCUUUAAGUGUGAUGGUUGAAGAAAAAUACAAUAUUGUUUGUCAUUGCUUCAGGUUUAUAAACAUGUAAUUAAAUAAUUUCAGCAUUUUCGUAGAAUGCCAUGGCAAUAAACUGAUAUAAAGGAAACUGUACCAGGUAAUCUUAACAUGAAAUGGUUAGACUGAUUCUGAUCAAUUCAUAUGCAUUGCUUGAUUUAGUCUGAAAUAAUUGUCUAUUUCCUCUUUAAAAUUCUAAUUGAAAAAAUUAAAGAGGAGUUAGUCAGUUAUUUCCUUCUUACUGAACCAGGCUGUUCAUACGAGUAAUAACCUUGCGGUAUGGUCAUGAUCAUAUAUCUUAUGGCUUUGUCAAGUGGAACAAUAGAGAAGUAAUGUAUCAUUGUUUUCCUUUUUACAUAUCUUGAUACUUUCUUACAAACUCGCUUAAAUCAACCUUGAAUAGUACUCAAUACAUUUGCAUAAUCUGAAGUUGAACCAUACAGUAUUUGAAAUGUAAACUAAAAUGUCAAUAGAACGCUAAUUCCUAUAAAAUCAAACGGAAUAUUCUACCGUCAACACUGCAAGUAAUGACCAGUGUGUGAACUACCUUUACAAUAACUAUGGAACAGUAACAGAGUAUUCUAAAUGUACACUUUAUUCUGUUUAACCUUAAAUGAUGCUUUUUCUUCCCAAACGGAAUUAUUGAUUUUUAAAGACAGUUCAAUGCUAUGAGACAUUUUCUAUUUCAUUUUAGAUAGUGUAAAUAAAUUUGUUUUGUAUGGUUCUGAAUUACAGUCAACAGUGUAUGGUCCAGAGGACACUUGGGCUUGUAUUGUGGAAUUUAGUGCUUAAUUGUGGUAGAACAUGAGGUGACAGAUAUAUGCUGUAGUCUAGGUACAUGAAAUGUACCCAAUAGUAUAAAUAGUUGAAUUUUUAACUUGAUGGACAUGGUCCUGGUUUGUUGUAAUUUUAAUCUACAUUUAUUUAUCAUGUGUUACUAUAUGAGAACAAAAUUAAGUAAAAAAAAUGACAUUCUCACAUUUUGUUACUUCUUCCUUUUUUGUCCUAUUCCUAGGUGUUACUAAAACAAAACCUGUAUUUGUAUCUGUUAUGCAAAUUUUAAGAUUUUUUUCUGUUUGAAAAUGUUCAGGUUGUGAAUCUUUGAAUUGAUCGUGGUGUGAAAAUAUUUCGCAUUGGCGGUGUUUUCGAUAUAAUAAAUAUAUAUUCACAUGGU